CAGGUGAUCGCCAGCGAUGCGCGCCCUCCGGCACACCUGGGCCCUCGCCCUCGCGUGCUUCGAGGUCUCCUGCCUCGUCAGGGCCGAGUCCAAGAAGAGCGCCGACCACGAGCGUGCCGAUCUACACGACCGAGCAGUGCCCAUGGUGUCGGUGCAAGGGGUGGCCGGCCAGAAGGGGGUGCUGCCGUGUGACAUCCAACCCCGUGAUAACAACGAUUCCGUAUCAGUGGUGCUCUGGUUCAAGGAGACCGCCAGCGAGUUUAAGGCCUUCUACCGAUACGACGCCCGGUACCGACAGCCUGGUGUUCAGAUCCUCGGUACCAGGGCGAUCUUCCACCUGGGUAAACCUGCCGAGCUCUGGAUCCAAGACACCCACCAGAGCGACGAGGGGGUGUACAGGUGCAGGGUGGACUUUCGUAACUCGCCCACCAGGAAUUACAAGGUCAACUUUACCGUCAUAUUGCCGCCGUCGAAGCCGAUAAUCUACGACGCGAAAAGGCGCGACAUGAGCAAGCUGGUGGAGGCGUAUCCAGAGGGCGCCAACCUCACCCUGGUCUGCGAGGUGCAUGGAGGUAGACCCAGGCCGAAGGUCGAGUGGUACUUGGAGAACCAGCUCAUAGACUCGAGCUACGAGGCGAAGGAGAGCCCCAGCCCUGCUGGGAAGGACGGCCUGGUGACCAUCAACCACCUGACCAUGGGGGGGCUGACCAGGACCCAUCACAACUCCAGGCUCUCCUGCAAGGCCAGAAACACCCAUCUCGCCCCACCACCCACCACCGCCAUCAUCAUCGUCAUCAACAUGAGGCCGCUAACGGUAGAAAUUGCGACAAAGGAGAGGACCGUUUCGGCGGAGAAGAAAUACGAGAUCGAAUGCAGAAGCACCGGGUCGAGACCCCCUGCAGUGCUGACCUGGUGGAGAGGAUCUAGGCAGCUGAAGACCGCCGUGAAGAACUUCCAGGAGACCGGGGCGAGCGUCAGCGUCGUGCAAUGGACGCCUAGCGUCGAGGACGAGGGCAAGCAUCUGAUCUGUCGGGCGGAGAAUCCGCAAUUGCCGGAAGCGUCCAUCGAGGACAAGUGGAAGCUGGAGGUCCAUUUCAAGCCCAUCGUCACUCUGCGAAUGGGCUUACCCCUGAAUCCCGAGGGCAUCAAGGAGGGCGACGACGUCUACUUCGAGUGCAACGUCAGAGCAAACCCCUCGGCUUACAGACUCACCUGGUACCACAACAACGAGGAACUCCAUCGCAACGUGACCGCAGGCGUGGUGCUGUCCGAUCAGUCGUUGGUUCUUCAAGGUAUCACCAGGGAUUCCACAGGAAAUUAUACUUGCCUCGCCACGAACGUGGAAGGGCGGCAGACCUCCAACGUCGUGUCCUUAAAUGUGAUGUUCGCGCCGAUUUGCAAGCACGUUGUCAACUUCGGGGGCUGGAGGUAUCAGAACGCGACCCCGCCUCCUUACAACGUCCCCGAGGAACUACAUGGCGCCCUGAAACACGAGACCGUCAGUCUGGUUUGCGAAGUCGAUGCCAGUCCAACGACGGUUACCUUUCAGUGGACUUUCAACAGUAGUGGUGACCUAACCAACAUUCCGACCUCGAAGUACACGAACGAGGGCACCACCAGUCGUUUGAACUACACCCCGGAAACGGACAUGGACUAUGGGACCCUAGGAUGUUGGGCCAGGAAUUUUGUCGGCGCCUCGAAGCAACCCUGUCUCUAUCAGGUGGUAGCAGCAGGCAGGCCGUUCCCGCUGCAGAACUGCACCUCCUACAGCCACAGCGGGGCCUGGGUCAGGAUUUCCUGUAUAGAGGGCUUCGACGGGGGCCUGCCGCAGAAAUUCGUGGCGAUGGUGGACAAGCAACGCUGGGAGUCCGCUUAUCCCUACUGGGAAAUCGAGCUGGUGAAGCCCAGCAGGGUUGCGCUCUACGCGGUCAACGUCAAGGGCUCCAGUGAUCCCGUCUUCAUGGACGGCAUCGCUUUGAAAGGCGUCGAGAAAUUCACCGGCGAGUCCGGCUCGUCGGUGGACAUGUCGCCGAUCUUAAUCGGUCUUGGAGGCACUGCCACGGGGCUUGGAUUAAUCGUGACCGGCGUUCUAAUGGCCCUCUGGAGAAGACACGCCGCUACCCCGGCAAAACCAAAACCUCCCCAGCAGCCCACGAUCGCCACUUUCACGGGGAAGGGCGAGGAGGACGACGGAAAUCCUGACCUCAUCCCAACAACGGCGCUCUCCAAUCAUGCUGACAGAAAGCUACCAAUUUACGGAUCUCUACCCCGAGGACCUCGUCACGUGGAAGGCCGAGAGCAUCCACACGACGUGCUAGAAGACCCGGAGUGCCAGCGAAGAACUGCCAACACGUUUUACAGCCUUCGGAGGCCGACUCGUUAUCCGGAGGCCAUCAUCAGAGGCACUGCCAUUCAGGAGAGCUGCAUUUAAGGGUGGAUGACGAUCGAGGGAUCCCUUCUAAGGAGAGGACGGAAGGGCCGCAUCAUCCGCUCCCACCUGGUCGUAAACGGGAAACAUUCGGAAUUACGACAUGUUAUACAUGUUUAAACGACGAGACGAUA